UUCGACUCGAUCUGUCGGUUAGGUCACGCACAAUUCAUCGUCGUAAAUCCCAGACAUUGAUGGUACACCAGAAUCGUAAAACGACGCGACGUCAAACACUCGUUUCCCGUUUUAUUUUUACCGUGGCCCGUAGUUUAUUGAAACCGUCAAUAUUUUCGUACCACAAUAUUGUACCGGACGGUGGUGUCAGUGGGAAUUCCAUUUCAUCCAUGAACCGGCGUAUUUCGGCAUUGAUAACCCGACGUAGUAACUCGUAGUCGUCCUGAUUACACCCGUGAGUUACGUUUGAUUACGCGCGGUGUAAUCAUAUUUUGUACACCACGUAUUUGAUGUUGACAAUUGAUAUCGUCCGAACCUGUGCAUUGUCCACCGUCCGUCCGUCACUACAAUAAUUAUAGUCAUACCAAAAAACCAAUUCGGGGUUAGUACGGUUGUCGUUCGUCAGUUUCGACGUUCCAAAGAUGGCUAAAAUCGUAGCUAUUGUUUCCAAGUUCUACGAUGAUUACGUGAAGACCACGUCGAAAAAACUCAAGAUCAUCGACGCCUAUUUGUUGUACAUCAUGUUAACCGGAAUCGUGCAGUUCACGUACUGUUGUCUAGUAGGCACUUUCCCGUUCAACUCCUUUCUCAGUGGUUUCAUUUCGUCUGUCAGUUGUUUUGUACUUGGUGUAUGUUUACGAUUACAAGCAAAUCCUCAAAACAAGGCGCAAUUCAGUGAUAUAAGUCCAGAACGUGGAUUUGCUGACUUCAUUUUUGCACAUAUUGUGCUUCAUUUAACAAUCAUAAACUUUAUUGGUUAAACUCAGAAACAAGGUUCUAAAUUUAAAUUAAUUAUACGGUUUGAUUUUUUUCUAAAAAUAUUUGUAUAUAAAAGGUUAAAUAAAUAUAAAC